AUGGACAGCACAGGACUUCCGAGUAAAGAGUCUCCGGACCUUCGCCUUGUUGUCGCGACCUACGAGGAACUCAUCCAGCAGCAACAUGCGAACAGCGAGGAAUGGCGCGGCGCACUAUCCCACGAGCAGUACCUCCAACGAGAAUCGAUUCUGUACGAUCAAGACCUCACAAGAGACGGCGGGCUAACGCCAUGGGCGCUUGUCUAUCAGCCGGACUCCAAUGGUCCGCGGCAGGUCCUGUGUGGUUGUGAAACUCUCAAUAAGAGGGCGCUGGUGGCUCUGGAUGGGAAGGUAGAAGACGUGAUAUGCCAUGGGGUUGCCUCCGUCUUCUGUCCACCGAAGUACAGAGGCAAAGGCUAUGCUGGACGAAUGAUGGAAGACCUCGGAAAGAAGCUUAGAUCAUGGCAGGUGGACAAUGGCAAGGCUUGCCUUUUCAGUAUCUUAUACUCUGACAUUGGCAAGGAGUUUUAUACAGCAAGAGGCUGGCAUCCAUUUCCGUCCGCACAGAUCAUCCUACCGGCAGCGGCGGAGCAGUCUUCGAAGGACGCUCGACCGCUCGGGGCCGAAGAACUUUCUGAGUUGUGCACGGCAGAUGAGGGGCUUCUGCGCAAGAAGCUUUCUGCCUUGAAAGAUGCAGGACGGACGGUGGUAGCAACCGUACCAGAUCAUCGGACACUAGCCUGGCAUCACGCUCGAGAGGACUAUGUGGCAAAGCAGCUGUGCGGCAAACAACCUCAUGUCAAAGGUGCUAUUGUCGGCGAUGAGCCGGGAAGGCGUGUCUUCGCAUACUGGACGCGAGUCUGGACUAAUCCACAGGAAGAUGGUCCCAACACAUUGCACAUUCUUCGAAUCGUUGUGGAGGAGGACACGUUGUCGGACAUUGUUCCUGCUUCAACGGAAGUCGUUGCGAAAGUGAAAGACAGCCGUGUUACACAUGCCCUCGCAGCGGUCCUUUCAGUCGCACAGUCUGAGGCCGCAAAGUGGGACAUGAAGGAAGUAUCCAUCUGGAAUCCUACUUCUGCGACGCUCGCAGCAGCACAAUUAACCAACCCUUCGGUGGCGAUCCAGCAUCGCGAGAAGGAAAGCAUCACAAGCCUGCAGUGGUACGGCGAGACUGGGUCGUGGCAGGACAUAGAUUGGGUGUGCAACGAAAAGUAUGGGUGGUGUUAG